AUGUGGAUCUGCAUCGCGUCCGAGAAGGAGCUGCCGGCUCCUGGGGGUGUCCGCUCCUUUCCAUGCUCUGGCCGGCAAGUGGCGGUGCUUCGAGGUAAGGACGGUGACCUCUACGCCGCUGAUGAUGCCCUUCCUCCGCUGCUACAGCCUCUCUCCGGGCCGGGUGUGCAGUUCGACGGCCGCAUCCUGCGGGCGGACUGUGCAGCGUUGGGCACGAAGUUCGAUCUCCGCAACGGAGAGGUAAUGGGAGCGUGGUGCCCGGGACGUGGUGUUCGAACUUUGGGUGAGGAGUCCUUGCUGUUCCUCCUUUUUCUUGAGCUGGUGUCCUUCCUUGCCCGUUUCUUCUGUCGCCGAUCGAGACUUCAGACACUCCGCAGCCGUGUUGUGGAGGGGCGCUUUGAGGUCCUGGCCGAGAGCCCGCCAAAGCGCUGGGCCAAUCCGCUUCGGGCAGCUGCCAGGUGGCUGACGAUUCCGCAUCGACAAUCCGCGGCGUUGCCUGCAGACACGGCAGUCGACAUUCAGGUGGUACCGCUGGCCAGCAGACAGGGUGCGGAGGAGCUAAAGAUCUCUGCUGUUCUCAGCAGCCGACGGCCGUGGCGAAGGGCAGAAGCAGGUCGCGCCGUCCUCAGGCUUCCGCCCAGAAGAAUGCAGCAGCCGCAGAUGGGUGCUCUCGUUCGAGAGACCUUCGGAAGGCCGGAUCUGAAAGAGACCGAGAUCUUCGUGGCGGUGUGGGUGGCGCAGUUUGUGGCCCCGAUGGCGCGCGGCCUGGGCCUUGACCAACGCAUGUUCAACAAAAUGCUCGAUGUGCUACACACUCGAGGUUACAACUUCGUUCUGCUUCUGGUUGACAGUCGCUCUGCGCGUUUGGCCGAGCGGCUCCGCGACCACUACGAGGCGCAGGGGUGUGUGGCAGUUCCCGAACCCAACGCAAUGGGACUUGCAAAUGCGAUGCUUCUGAGCGUCUGCGGCAACGUCGUGCCAAAGCAGCCGACGAAAGUCGCAACGAGUCUUCUGGCGACCAGCGCUCUACGCCUGGCGCACGGCUAUGUUUCAGCGCCGCUUCUCCUCGAAUUCGUGCAGGUGGUUUUGCCUGCACUGCGCAGUGGCACCUGGCAGUGUGGAAAUGAAGGGCCUCUGAGGGUACUUCUGCGGGCCAUGCAGGUGCUGGGCUAUGUCUCCACUGACGCAGAUGGCAAGGUUUCAGCUGUGGAGUCACAACAGCUACAGGCGCUGGUCACACUUCUGGCUUCUGGUGGCGCCUGCGACACCCUGCUGUGCAACAUCUAUCAGCAGGCCUGGCCGCCCUUUGCUUUGAACUCGGAGAAGGCGGCCGUCUGCUUCGAGGCAUGGCAGACGCGACCCUGGCGGGCCGAGGCUUCUGCCGGCCUGCAGCUGCUGGAUGGGGCCAUCUUGACACCCCUCUUGACGUCGCUGGUCGUAGCUCUCCGCGCCGAAGGUUCGUCCUUAGUUGGAGAGAAGACGAUCUCCAUGGAGCCACGGUGGACAAAGACUCUCGAUGGUCUCCUGAAUGAGACGCUUGGAGUGGGCUCGUGCAACGAGAAAGGUGUCGUGCAAAUCACGGCUCCCGGAGCCUUGGCACUUCAGCGUACUUAUACCUUCUUGGUGGCAUCGUCAUAUGCCCCGAUGCUGGCAAACAUGCAGCGGAUUCUCUUCAAGGAUGCCGCGUGGGCCUUUGGCGAGUCGUCGCCCAAAGCUGAGGUCCACGUGGAUCGCACAUUGAAUGUGAUGGGAAGCGGCUUGCAACACAAGGUUUUCUUCCGCGACUUCCUCGAGCUCAUACGACCACUCUUUGCCACGAGUGACUUCGCCGAGCAGCCGCGAUACGUGGCCGACACAGGAUGUGGUGAUGGCAGCCUCCUGUGCCAGAUCUACGAGUUUGUCAAGCUGCACACUCCACGUGGACGAGCAUUGAAGGAGUUCCCCUUGACGAUGAUUGGCAUCGACUUGAGUGCCAGCGCUCUUGCUGCAACAGCAAGCACGCUCCGGGCAAGGGGUGUGCCCCAUCAGCUGUUGGAGGGUGACAUCGGAGAUCCAGGUGGCCUUUGCAACGAGCUGCGGCGCUUGAACCUGGAUCCGAGGCAGACGCUGCAUGUGCGCUCCUUCCUGGACCACGAUCGACCCUUCCGGGAGCCGGCCCAUCCUCUUCGAGCAGGCAGCUCCCGCGACCUCUUCGUGGCGCAUCACUUCGACCAGGCGGUCUACCUAGACCGUAGCGGCAAGGUGAUCCAGCCGGUGGAUAUCUACCAAUCUCUGGUGGAGCACUUCGGACGCUGGGCAGAUGCUUCUGGUGAGCAUGGUCUCUGCAUUCUGGAGGCCAUGCUGCUGGACGUACCCAGCACUGCAAAGUACUUUGAUGAGAACGUGUCCUUCCACUUUGACAUUGAGGCGGCUCUGUCGAGGCAGUAUUUGGUUCCUCCCGUUGCCAACUGCUUGGCCUUGGCGGAAGCAGGCCUGUUCAGUUGCACCAGUGAUGCAAGCUCACACUGCUACCCUGAAUCUGGCGAGUACUGCCGCAUCAUGAGUCAGCAUGUCAAGAGGUCCUCCUUCUCCGUGCGCCUGGCCGAGUUUGAUGAUUUGGCCGGCUUGGUCCAACUCCAGCAAGAGGCGAAGGUCACGUCAGCCUUGGAGGCUUCUCCGGAGACGCUGGCCGCGCGCCUCCUCAAAGCGCCCCUUGGCGUACUCGUCGCGGAGCGCGCGGGGAAGCUGCUUGGGGCAGCCUACACGACUCGCCGCCUUGGCCCUGCCACAAGCGGAAUCGAAGCUGAGCCUUCGCAGCCCAGUGCUGAUCAUGGCGACGUGCUGCAACUCGUCGCGCUGCAUGCCCUUCCGGAGGCGCCUGGAGUCGGCUCGCUGUUGCGUGACUUUCUUCUCCAGCUGGCUUGGGUCGACCCGGAUGUGAAGUCUGUUGUGGGGCUGACGCGCUUCGAUGGUUGGGCAGCCAGCGGCUUGAGUCAGGAAGACUACAUCAGGAGGCAUCUCGAAGGCGAAGUUUCGGACAAGGUUCUGGCGUUUCACACCCAGCGUGGGGCCACGAUCGUCAAGCUGGUCCAUGACGCUCGCCCGACGGACGUGGCAAACCAAGGUGCUGCCGUACUCAUUCGCUACGAGCCGGGCAGGCCUCAACGGGACCACCGCGUCGCAUCUCGAGAAAGCCAGGAAGCCACGGUCGACACGGUGGAAGCCUUCAUCCACGAGCAGCUGGCCAAAAUGAACAUCCAGCUGAAGGAUGCCGACUUCGCGGAGCUGGGCCUCGACUCACUGGAGCUUGCAGCAUUGCGGCGCAGCGUCGAGCGUCGGUUCGGCUUCCGUGGAGAUGCGGCGGCUGCGACCGCUCGCGAGCUGGCCGCAUCCUGCUUUCGAGGUGGCUCGAAUCUGCAGCGCACAGAUGCGCGAGCGGUGGUGGAGUCCUUUCUGCUGGACUUUGGUGAAGCAGACAGCCAGAUAGUGCCAACCCAGUCGGCUUCGCUGGCAGAGAUGGGCCUGGAUUCGCUGGACAUAGCUCGGCUGCGGGAGCGGCUGCAAGCUCGCCUGUCCGUGCAGCUCAGCGUGGAGGAGUUGGCGGCUGCAGCAAAUGUGGACAGCAUCAUCGAGGCAGUCCGCGCGAAGAUGCAAACAGCCGCGGCGUGA